GACAUCAAACUGUGCACCUGUGUCAAAAUGGCAACCGAUACUUACGGACAUCGACUUUUGUACUCCGAAAAGGACAUCUUUUCGUCUGAUGUUAUGUUGGAGUACUCCACUGAGGAGUGCUACUUAAAUUGGCCGAGAUCACCAGACUCUGGACGCUCCAGUCUGGAGCCGACGUCUUCACUGGACGGCAACCACGAGUCGACCCACAUCGCAUAUAGAGGAUUACCAAACGAUAUUCUGGAAGAAGAAGACCUGGACGAAGGCUCUGGGAAACGGCGAGGGCGUGCAACCAGCGCUGCAGUGUUGAAACGUCGCCGUCUUGCCGCUAACGCCAGGGAGAGGCGGCGAAUGCAGAACCUCAACAAAGCCUUCGACAGACUGCGAGGCCACUUGCCGUCACUGGGAGCUGAUCGUCAAUUGUCCAAGUAUGAAACCCUGCAAAUGGCUCAGACGUACAUCGCGGCGCUGUAUGAACUAUUGCAGUAGUGGAGUGAAGUGGUUCUUAUGUGAGCUGUUGUGCAGUUUAUUCGUAAGAAAUAGUUGUAAUUGUACAUAAAUAAUGAAGCCAGUAUGAGAUUAUAGGUAUUCUGCCAAAAUGUAGCUGUACAGGGAUAUUUAUGACUAGAAUUAACCACGUUACCACCCUAGAUUAACCUUUGCGCAUAGCCUUGCUCUUUGCAAAUUACGCUUAUGUCAUUAAGUUUUGGAAAAUUACUUUUAUCAGCAAUCCGUCCUACCGAUUUUGUUAUUAUUAAGGUAUAACUUAUGUAAAACAUCUUGCCGUGAAAGUAUUAAUUUUAAUUUAG